UUUUCCCCCUCCUACCGCCAGCUUGACAUCCUCACCCUUUUAUUCAAAGUUGAAAUUUAUUUUCCCGUUGCACAGUGAAAAAUCCAACGAAGGCUGGUAGCAACAUUUUUUUUUAAAGCCUGCGAUUUCAGUUUACAAAACCAAACUACGCAGUUUCAGUCAGGCUGUCUUUAUUUGUUAUCACAUCUGUUCUCCCACUUACUGACACUUCCAAUUAAAAAAAACUCAAGGUUAAGUCCUUUAGCCUCGCCUCUUUUGAGUGUACCUGCUGUAGUCCUGCAACAUACCCCUCCACUUCCCUUGCCCAAAGCCCAUUAUUGCUCCACUGCUGCUGUUUUCUGAAUGAUUCGUCCCUUUACUCCACAUUAAUGAGGUUUUGUAGCUCAGUAAGCAGGGCCCUAGCCUCUGGGCUGGAUACUCCAGAUUGAAGAUCUACUCCAGGACUCAUGAUGAGCUAUGGAAGGAGCAAGUUCAUCUGGAACGCCUGGCUAAUAUCCCACUGACCCAGGAGUCACAGAGAGACCAGGAACGGAGGAUACGAAGAGAGAUCGCCAACAGCAACGAACGGCGCAGAAUGCAAAGCAUCAAUGCUGGGUUCCAGUCCCUGAAGACACUGAUACCACACACGGAUGGGGAGAAACUCAGCAAGGCAGCCAUUUUGCAGCAAACAGCAGAAUAUAUCUUUUCACUUGAGCAAGAGAAAACGCGGCUACUUCAACAGAACUCUCAGCUGAAGCGUUUCAUUCAGGAGUAUAGUGGUUCCUCCCCCAAGCGGAGACGAGCAGAGGAUAAAGAUGAAGGGAUUGGCUCCCCAGAUGUUUGGGAGGAUGAGAAGCUGGAGGACCUGAAAAGGGAAAUGAUUGAACUUCGGCAGCAGUUGGACAAGGAGCGUUCGGUCAGGAUGAUGUUGGAGGAACAGGUUCGUUCUCUGGAUGCCCACAUGUACCCUGAGAAACUAAAGGCCAUUGCACAACAAGUACAGCUGCAGCAACGGCAUCAGGAACAAACUAAGAUCCUUCAGCAGGAGGAGCAACAGGAACCCGAAUCCCAUCUUAUGACCCAGCUCCUGCCAGCGCAUGUCUUCCCAGCAUCAACUCACCAUCCAACUGUCAUAGUGCAGACUCCACCCCCACCAGCUUCGCAUCAAGUUACCGUGGUGACAAUGGGACCAUCCUCAGUCAUUAACAGCCCAUCCACUACAUCGAGACAGAACCUAGAUACCAUUGUGCAGGCAAUCCAGCACAUUGAAGGAACACAAGAGAAACAGGAAGAGGAACAGCGGCGAGUAGUCAUUGUCCAGCCAACCCGUGUAUGGUCAGGCACUGAAUCGGAGAGAGGGGAGAGAGAAGCACUGGGGCUACGCGAUGAGCAGGGGCCCAUGGAGAGGGUUCUCCCCUGACACUACAGCUGUACCAGGCCGGGAUUGAUCGAAACAUCGUUGCCAAUGUUUUUCUCGCAAAAGGAAGAAAGAAUUUUAGUCUCUUUGUGAUCUUCCCAAUACUGUAAACAAUCUCAGUCUGGAAUGAGAGGCUAUCAAAAAUCUGGACCAUACCAGAAGGGAUUGCAAAAUCCUUUCUUGCGCUCAUGACUACCUUGGAAUUCAUAGCUGAAGUGUUGCUGAGGGACAUUUUAGCACUCUUUUAUUUUUUUACGUUUUGGGGAGGGGUGGGCAUUUCAAGCACUUACUAAUUUGUUCAGUCCAGUGGGGAUAACUUCCGCCAAGUGUGAACUGUGGGCCCCAUUUCUACAAUCACUGCCCCCACCCCGACUUGUACUGAUGUAGAUGAUUUUUAAGCAAUGUCCUUUCAUGUAGGUAGUUUGUUAGUUCCUUCCAUUUCUCCCUGUAUUCAUAAUCCAGUUUUACGUUGAGACAAAGUUUGUGUUCAUUGGAAAAACUUAUAUUUUGUUAAGAAAGCGGGAGGGGGGGAAAGCACCUGCCUUGCAGAGAGAAAUAAAGUUUGUACAUUGUUUUUUUUUUAA